AUGUCUACAUCACAUCGCCCACUCCAUUUACCGUACAAACUCUUCAAAACUAAAAAAGACAUGAAUGAAGAAUUCUAUCAGACUGCUUUUGCCUUACUUCCAAUCUCCUUUAUUGGUGUUGUAGUAAACUGGCUCGUCUUCUUCAGUUUUCGUCGAAUUCACAAUUUACAACAUUCCUUCGGACACCUCACCGCAAAUCAAUCAUUAGCAGAUGCCAUCCAUUCAACAACAUUUUUCUUCUACUUUUGUCCAAUGGUAUUACUUAAAGCCAAUACGUAUCGGAUUAUCAUAGCGAUAUGGGUAGUCAUCGGCUCUUUGGAUAUCUGGCUGUAUGAGUAUCUCUGUCACGCAAUAUACGACGAGAAAACUCAUACCCUCGAGUUUGGAAAAACAGAAUUAUGUGGAUUAGUUGGAUGGUACGGGGAUCUGGUCAAGAAUGGGUGCACAGUAAUAUUUAUUGUGGCUUCGGAUGUGCUCACUCUCAUCGGAGUUCGAAGAAUCAGGUCAUUCGUGAACUUCAGUGAUGAAGCACAAAAAAGAAUCUACGUUCGAGAAAAACGAUUUUUGAAGCAGAUCGUUUUUCAAGGAAUCAUUUUCAUUCUGGAACUCUCUACCUAUUUUUUCGUUCCACAAUUCACUCAUAACACACUAAUCAUUUUCUUCGCAACGACGUUCUCCUAUGUGACAGUUCACGUGUUAGAUGGAUUAGUUGUGAUUCUAUGCUAUCCAGAAAUCCGAUCAUUCCUCCUCUGUCGCAGCACUUCUCCUGCAGACUCAUCGGCGUUUAUCACAUAA